GCCAGUGAGGUUGUAAAGUUAUUAUUUAUUAAUACAAUUAAGCGUCUUAGAAUCGACGUAAAAAAAGGGAAAUAUAUUUUUAAGCUGUAGCCCAAUAGAACGUUUAGAAUUGAAUGAAAACUGUUUGGAUGAAAAUGCAACCGAACGCAUGACGUGACACGAAUUCCUUCUGUGUCGGACAUCAGUAAUUCACGGGAGCUUUCACAUUAGCUUCUAAUUUUUUUUUUUAUUUGGUUUGCUAGAAUUAAUCGAUAAAUAACAGAUUGUUUAUGCGUUGUUGAUCGCACCAGGCGUUAUUUUAAACGGGCAUCCAAUAAAUAAAAAACAUGAAUGCGUUGGCUGAAGAUAUGCUUUGAACUGUUGGAAUAGUUUUUAUAAUUUAAUGGGUUUUAACACAAUAUUUUCUCUUAAAACCUUUUUGUUGUUUGUAUGAACAGCAUGCAUCAGCAUUUUAAAUGACAUGUCAGUUCACCUACUGUAUCUGUGACUUAAAGAAAGAGCAUCAGAGUACUUCUCCUUCUCCCACAUGCCAUUGUAGUUGUUAACAGCCGAUCUUGGUAGAAACAAAGCUAGUAUCCCGAAAGUAAAGUGACUCUAUAUAAGUGAUAAAAGAAUUGCUGUUUAUUGCAUAGCAUUUAUGCCGCUUUAAUGUGAUGUCAGCCAUUGCUGCUUUGUUAUCAACAUGUUGGGAAAAUCUACUGUACCUGACUUAAGUGCAAACACACAUGGGUGCAGUGUUGCUAGCUCACGGUUAAAAGUACUGUGUGAAUGAAAAGCAUUCAUUUUAAAUAAUGUAAAAAAAGGUUAUUACUGCCCCCUUCCUCUUUCUUCCUCAGUGCUUUGCUUGGCACAUCUCUAAAUAUAAGGCAUCCUUUUUUUUUCAAUACAUGGCUAUUCUCACAGGAUAUUGUUACACCCUGUUUCCCUCUCAUCCUCUGAAUAUGUUCAAGGCCUUGGCAGGAAUCUGUUUUCUUCAUCUGACUACAAUUUUCUUCCUUUUUUGGGCAACUAUAGAUGAUGCAUGGUGGUUUACAGAGAACCUUUAUACAGACUUGUGGGGGAGAUGGGUGAUGGAGAACAAUGAUAAUGUCUGGGUGUACAUGGACAUACCAACCUCAUACCGGAAAGACUAUCUCCAGGCGGUUCAGGCAUUUGCAGUUCUGUCCUGCCUGUUUGCUGUGUUCUCUCUGUGCGUGUUCAUAUUCCAACUCUUUACUCUGGGCAAAGGAAAGCGGUUCACCAUCUCUGGAGUUGUGCAGCUCAUCUCCUGUUUCUGCAUAAUGGUGGCUCUGUCAGUCUACACCGAUCACUUUCACAGAGGUGAGAAGAAUGGCUGGUAUGGCUGGUCCUACAUCAUGGCCUGGUUUGGGUGGCUGCUGACCCUCUUCACUGGAAUUAUGUACAUCAUUCUGCGCAAACGAGCGGAUUAAACUUUAGCCCUCGCUCUCAGUGCUAAUGUACAGCCUUAAUUAUUUUAUUUCCAAGUCUUAAGUGCACAACUUGAAAAAUAAUGAGUUGUCUCAAAUAUUACAGGCAUUGGUUGGAAUUGUAGAAACUUGCAAAACAAAUCACAGCAUCAGCAGUUCAUUUAAACUUUUGAGGACAUUUGCAAAGUUUAAAAUCUGUCAGUGAGAAAUUGUUGAUUUAGCAUUUGAGGAAAAUUUGCCAGAGAAGUUUCUUAAAACAAGAGAAAUUUUUUUUUUUUUUUUUUUUCAUUUUUAAUAGAUUGGUUUGAUGGAUCAUCUUUCCUAGUUUCUCAAAGCACUGAGGGCAGUAAGAGGGUCUAAACACACUUUAUUGCAGGAGUUAGUGUGUAAAGAUGGUGAAGAUGCAGUAUAUACAAGAAUGAAAUGUAAAAAAUGUAUUUAUAAUAUGUAUAAAGAGAAAGAUAAGUUGUACAUAUAAAGUACAUACAGAAAAAUGUUAUAAUAGUGUAGUUUUAAACAUCACUUGCACUUGAAAUAGCCUUGUCUUAAACAUGGGUUUAUUUUAUUUCAUAUUUUCUUUCAAUGGAGUUUUUUUGUGGGUGUGUUUUAAAUGGCAAUAGCACAGGAUAGUCUCUAGGUCAAGAAAAGUGUCAUCUUUGUUACUGCAAUGCAUUAUGGUGCUGUUCAAAUCUGUGAUCAUCCACUUGAUCAUGUAGACUUCUGAAUACACAAUCCUUUUGUACUUUCAUUGUACAGACCCUCUGCCAUAUUUACUUACAGUUUCUAUGUGGAGAAAUGCUUUCUUGAUAAUGACAUCAUGGGCCCUGUUGCUAUGCCAGCCAUUUUUAAUUAGCAUGAUGAUGAUGAAUGAUUGUUCAUGUGGUCAGAUGAUCACCCUGUAAGAUUCUUAUUCUAGAACACAGAAUGUUCCAAAAAUGUUUUAGAAUGCUUUGGUUUUUUUAAAUGUCAAUAUCUAUUCAUAAUUUUAUGUGAGUAAUUAUUCAACAUCCUCUCAAGGAAGAAGCUCCUUACUUUGUUUGGUUAAAGAGUUUUAGCCAGCUCUAGAUAUAUUUUUAUGUUGCAGUAUGACAGUAAAUGGAAAGGACUUUAUUUUUUCAAUGCAAAGCCAAUCAGUGUAAACCUGGGAGGACAUUAAUUUUAGUAAUCACACAAAUAAAGACCUUGC